ACUACCCAGAUAGAAGAAGAGGACUCGCUGAAGCACACAAUGCACUUCUGUCAAGGGUUGUAUCUCCUAAAUCUUCAUAUCCAAUUUCUUUAAAAAUACAAUAAGGUCGUUGGAGAAUCGUGCUAUUUUGUGUGUAUUUGAAGACUGUGGUCAGGAUAGAUUUGGUUUGACCGGAAACGUCGGCAAAUAACUUCCCCCUACACAGUGGAUUAUGGUGUGGGCCGCUGACGGAGUUGUUCUGCCGGGGGCUUGGUCGACACCCUCAUCAAUGGAACUCAAGACCGAGGCUUCAGUAGGGCCUUGAAUAAUUUCGUCUUUAAUGGUGGUGAUGCGAAAACAAAUUCGUGUAGGAAGAGACACAUCGAUAACACACGGAUGGUGGGUGGCCAAACAGUCGCCAUAUAACGUCAGUCUUGGUGUAAACAAAACAAAAAAAGUGGAUUAGUUAGCCAGGUAGAUCUUUCUUUUACGAUAAUUCAACCAUUCGUAUCGGGCCCAUCGUCAGGCUGGAAAAAGAAUGUUAGCUAGCUUUACUCCCAGCUGUUGAAGGGUAGUUAUGAAUUUUGUGCAAAUCAAUACUUCAGACGGUUUUUAAAUAAUGCGUUUUACUCUAGUAACGUUGCCUACUCCGUGAUAACUAGUUACAUUGAGUUUUACAAUAAAGUGGCUAACUAAUUAGCUACCUAAUGCUAGCAUAAUAAAGCACUUGAAUAAAUGUAGCUAGGUAGCAUUAGCCUAAGUAGCAGCUAGUAAGUGAACAUAAUUCUCAUGUAUUGCUAAAGUUAGCUUGCUAAUUAGCUACAAAAACAGUUAACUGUCUAGCUGCUUGGAAUAACAGUAAUUGUGUGGCUGCGCUAAAUGAGUUAGCUAAACAGUUAUAUCUAUGCAACACAUUAUAUCUUACUCUGGUGAUUUGCCGUUGCAGGUAGCUAUCUAGCGAGCUAUCGUCCAUUUAGCUAGUUAGCAGUUAAGCUAUCAUUAGCUAAUGAGCGAUUUUAGCUAGCUCAUUUGUCAGCUCGUGCCGAAAUUUUAAUGGGAACGAGAUGGGUGUGCUUUACAUUUCAGUAUUACAUCAGUAAAUGUAACAUUGCUAUAAAAUACACGUUUUUGGUGAAUAACAGUUAACUACGUAAGUUGGCUAGCUAGAGUUAGUGAUUUUGUUUACAUACGCAUAUUUGGUUUUUGGCUUGCCAGCUAGCUUUGGAGACAGAAUCAGCCAUGUCUUGACAAUAGCUUCUUGGGGUUACUCCUGCUGAACAGUAAUACCACCAAUUCUGGAAAUAAAGAUAGCAUCUUUGUGCAUUGACAUGACAGUCAAAGUUCGCCGAGAGAAAGGCACAGAUGCCAUCCUGUCCGAAAAAGACGCUAAAUAAUAACUACUAUUAACGCCAUUUUAAACAGGGGCUCCGUUGUGGGCCUGUGUCUUGGUGUUUCGCUUUGGGCUAAGGAAAGUGCCACCGUGCCGGAUUUUUACAAGUGCCUUUGGUCAGACUGGGACUGGUGCUGUUUGUUUUGACAUGGAAGGCCCGAUUCGAAGUAGUGGGUUCAGACAGAGCCGACGCUCCCGUUCUCAACGAGACAGAGAGCGGUGCAGGAGAAGAGUAGACCUCGCUGAGCAGCGGGCCACAUCUCCCUCAUCGGGCUCGGAAAAGGAACUUUGUGGGUCAGGAUCUGUACUCGGUCCUGGAGGUAGAGAAUGUCGAACCGGUUUCGCCGGCCCCAGACACAGGCCUCCUCGGCGGAGGAAGCGAGUGUCGGUGUCCUGCGAGGAAGACAUCAUCGAUGGCUUCUCAAUUGCCAGCUUCAUCAGCUUUGAGGCCCUGGAGAUGGACUGCUCCAUGAAGCCUACCCAACGUGCCGCCAUGCUCAUGGGAAGGGGGAGGAAGAGGAAGAGGGGCCCGAAGCAGAAUGGCAGAGGGGCCCUCUCAGAGCCCGAGGAAGGGGCCCUACCCAGCUUCUCCCGCAGCUGUUGGAAUAGGAAUAGAAAAAAGAGAAGAAAGACUGAGGUGAAGGUUGGGGGCAUCCUCUUCUUGGAGACAGGCUACAUCUGUGACACAGAGAGCGAGUCAGCAGAUAAGGCCUCGGACAAUGACAUGGAGCCAAUGUUCACUGUCAGCACCAGGAAAGUUAUGGAGCCUAUCCCUGUGAGCGUUGCCUCUAUGGGAAAAGGCUGCCCUCUACUACCAGUACCAGGCCGCUGUGGCCUCUCCCGGCUGGCGGUCACCCCACGUGUCUCUGGCCUGGAGCGCAGCCAGGAGAGGAGCCUGGAGCCGCCUUACCCCGAGCCCUUGUCUACCUCCUCCUGCCUACCGUCCCUCUCACCGGCAACGGUCUCACGACCUGGCCAGCUCAACGGCAGCAGCAACGGCCUUCACCGCCCCCACCACGACCCCAGCCUGCCGCGCUCCAAACACAAGCUCUUCCUCACCUUCCCCGGGCGACACCCAUCCAUCUACAGUAUGGGCAUCAACAACAGGAACGGUACCUCAGUCAAGCCCUCAUCCUCUUCUGCUGCUUCUUCAUUGUCGUCUAUGCGACCCCCAACUCCCUCUACCGGUAUGUCGAUGUCCCUCAUGAGAGUACCAGGGUCGUCAGGAUCUCUAUGCCCCCCUUCACGUGCCGGCUCUGGUGACCUGUUCACCUCCCCUGGGCUUCCCCCUCCACCUCCUCUCCUCACGUCCCACUCAGGAGCAGACCAGGACCUGCUGCGCCAGGGCCUGAACUCUCACUUCCUGGCCUCGCAGGACCGCGAGGGCCGCCGCAGCGUCCCUGGGGCUGAGACUAACGGUGGCGGGCCAGGCCGCUCUACUCCUGGAGGUCCGUCGGGGGCCAGCUCCAGUUCGGGCUCCUCAGGCCGCUCCUCCCAGGCCAGCAUCCAGCCCCUGGCCUUCCAAUUCCACCAGCACAACCACCAGCACCAGCACACACAUACACACCAACACUUCACCCCCUUCUUGCACCCCAACGCCUCCGCAACACCGCCUCAGCACCUGUUUGAAAAAUAUGGCAAGCUGGAGGGGCUCUACAGAAAUACUUUCUUCCCACAGUACCCUGCUCCCCCAGUGCCAGGCAUCCAGCCUGUGCUUCCUCCCACUGGGCCCUUCAGCUCUCUGCAAGGAGCCUUCCAGCCUAAGCCUCUUGCCCCCCAGAGAACGAGUCCUGAGAUGACAGCUCGACUGGGGGUUGUGCCUCACCACCUGCAGUCCAAAGACCCCAGGCUAACUGAUCCAUUUUGGACAUCGUUGAAAGUCAGUAAUAAACCAGGGAAGUGGUGUGCUAUGCAUGUACGGGUAGCGUGGAUGAUUCUGAGCCAUCAGAAGAAGGUGAAGCUGAUGCAUGCAGAUCCUCACAAGCUGGACUUCCGUAACGAGCUGCUGGCUCGUCUUCCAGGGGCCGGGGGUCUGGGCCCUCUGGGGCCCCUCGGAGGUGGCCUCCCCUCUGCCCACGACCUGAACCGACCUGCCAACCUCUUCACAGCUGCUGGUGGAGUCAAUCCAUCCUCAUCUCCUUUCAUCCCUCCAUCAACGCCCCACUCCUCUUUCCUCACUCCAACAGCACACUUAGACCCGUACGGCCGCUCACCUCCUUUCGCCCCUCUCGGAGCCCUGGGCUCUGGUGCCUUCGGGGGACUGGGGAGCCCUACGCUGGCUAACAGCUCAGUGUUUGGCCACAAGGAGCCUCCUGCAGUCGGGGGCUUACCCAACCCUCAUGACCAAUGGAACCGUCUGCACGGUGGGCCUCCCCCCUUCGCCGGCCCCAGCUGGGCCAAGGGGGGUGAGAAGAGGGACGAUCGGGACCCGGGGAAGGACAUGGAGAGGAGAGAUAUUAUUCACAUCAAAGACGAGAAAGACAGAGACAAUAUGCUGUAUGGUCGUCAACCUGUGCGGAUGUCUCCGGUCGCCCCGUCCCUCAAGCUCCAGCAGCAUCGUAGCAGCACCCCUGUCUCCCACAUCAACGGACACGGGGGCCCCCUGGGAGGCCCCAGCGGUCUCACUGAGGAUCUGACACGCAGCCACAGCAGGGACCGAGAGAGGGACAGAGACGGGGACAAGAGACCGCUCCCCUCCGUCUCCUCCAGGCCACCUCCACUAGGCCCUUCAUCCUCAGCGGCUGCAGCAGACAGAGACAGGCCUCGCUCCUCUUCUUCCUCUGUGCUGACGACUCCCCCGCCCUCGGGACCCGGCGCCCCCUCGCCCUUAGAUCUGUACCCCCGUCAGCAGCCCCCAGCGCAGCACGGCCUACAGAACGAACUCUCCCACACCUCACAGAGAGAGGGUGGCCCCCCUGCCUUAUCCUCAGCCAUGGUCACCUCUCUGUCCCAGGGCAAGAAGCCUGACCGAACCACCACCCCAUUGCCCAAGCCUCCCCCCCUCUUCCCCCCAGUCAAGGUCAAGGAGGAGCGGAAGGAGGAACCGGAGCCCGUGCCAAUCUCCCUGCCUCCUCCCCUGCCCCCCAGCCACAACUACGAUCGGCCCAACAGCCGCCCUCACCACCACCGCUCUGCCACCCCCUCCUCUUCUCUCUCUCUGACUCCCACGCCUGGGGUGCCCCUGCCUCCUCCCAACCCGCACAACCCUCACCAUCACCUCUCCAUCCUGGAGCGCUCCCGAGCGCAGGCUGCCAUUGAGGCCUACCUGGGGAGUACACAAGGGGCUGGGGGGAUAGUAGUGGGUCCAGGGGGAGAGAGGUUCUCCACCCACCCCCAUGGCCAGCCCCAGGGGCACGGCCAGCACCCUCACAGCUUCCCAUGGGACCCAUGGAGGGAGCUGGCCGCCCAACAGCAGCAGCAGCAGCAACGCCGAGAGGCCAUGGCCCUGCGGUCGGACCCCCACCUGGCGCUGCGCUCCGACCCCCACCUGGCCCGGCUGCUCCAGAACCAGCACGCCCAGCGCUUCAUGGAGGCCGAGAGGGCGGCGGCAAUGGCAGCAGCGGUGGCUGCCAACAACCCUCACCACCACCCUCCUACCUCGUCUGCCUCCUCGGCCCGCCAGGAGUUUGGCCUGAUGGCCCACAACUUCGACCGCCCUCCCCAGCUGGGUCCCCAAGGUGGCGGGCUCAUGGAUGAGCAGCAGCGUGCCCAGAUCCUGAGGGAAGACUUUGAGAGGGCACGCUACUUCGGGAUGCAUUCUCACCCGCACCUCUCGGGCUCCCACCUCCCACCGGGUUCUCACUCUGCCCACCUGGAGCAGCUGCACGCUGGGAUGCUCUCCCACUCACACCUCCAUCAGCCUGGAGCCUCCACCCCAUCGCCCCACCACCCUGGCCUCUACUCCCGCCUGGGGCCUCUACACGCGCACCAUGUGCCCAAUGGCAUCCUGGCCAAGACCCCUGCUGGCCUGGUGGGGGCACUGUCCGUAGGAGCCCCCCCUCCGCUCAUUCCAUCUGUGACCAGCAGGUCUUCCACCCCGACCCGCAGACUGGGUGGGCCCGGGGACUUGGCUAUGUACUCUCACAAAGACGGCGAGUCCAGAUAGUACAGGGACACACCGGAGGAGUCAAAGGGAAACGUCAGGAUUACUGUGCCGCUCUCACUCUGCUUCCUGAAACACACAGCUCACUCUGGCUCUAGACCAGAUAUGGGCAACUCCAGUCCUCGGGAGCUGGAGUGGUGUCACACUUUUUCCCCAUCCCUACCAAACUCAGCUGAUUUUAAACAAAUGUCAUUCUCAACUGAAGAUCAUGAUUAGUUGAUAAUUGAAGUAAGGUGUGUUAGCUGGGACAAAAGUGUGACACCAAUCAGGCCCCCGAGGACUGGAAUUGCCCAUCCCUACUCUAGACCAAUGAGCCCCCCCAAAGGGUGUUGCUGGGGUUGAAGGUAGGGAAAAGAUACAAGGAGACUUGUCUGGGGGCGACUCAGUAUAUUAUUCACAAUGGUUCUGUCAGUGCAAUUUUAAGGUACAUGGUUUCUGUGCUUCCUAGUGUUUUAUUAUUUUAAGAAGGUUUGUUGUUUGUCCAUAUGAUGUAUACAAUAAUGGUAGCUGUACAAAGAGGCAGAGAAAAGGCUUUCCCAAUUGAAUAUGAUCAGGUUUGAAGCAAGCUUUUUCAGGUUGAAUAAGAUGAACUCUUAGAGAGAUGUGCACAUUUUUUACACAUGAAUGGUUCAUCCUUCUGUUGUUCUAACUCAUAGGAUAUAUAAAUCCCUUUGCAUAAAUAAAAUGUUGGGCUGUUUUCUGGAUGAGCUAAAGAAUUAUGGUAGCACAGUAUAUUUCUAUGGUUUUCUUUUUUUGUGUCCUCUGUAAUUGUGAAAAGACUAGAUUAAUGAUGAAACUUUUGAAGAUUCUAAAUCUAUAAAGAACUGUACAUCUGUUCUUCGCUCCUCCUCUCCCCUCAACCUCACCACUCUGUGAUCUAAGAACCUCUGCUCCACCUCUUGUAUUUAAAAGAAAGAAUGAUGAUAUAAACUGUGCAGACACGGUGGACAAUAUUUAUCUUCUGACUUGACAUAUGAGCAGGACCCUAAUAGAGUAGUCUAGUGAAAUUGCCUUUGUAAUUAUUAUUGUUAACAUUUAUCUUCUAUAAUGAUAAUAAAUAUAUUCACUGUUUUUAUGUUAUUUGUCAUUGUUUCAGGUAUCACCAAUGCACUCCCCUCUUAGUAACAAUUUUAAAGUUGUUCCAGAUCAGGCAGUAAAAGUUGUUUGACGGAAAAAGGAAUUGCUUGUGAACGUGAGUAAGACACAACCAUAACAACCUCUGGCCUCUUCAUGGAUCAGAUCUUUGAAUAUAUGAUGAAAACACAGAGGGAGGUUUGUGUUGGUGUUUGUGUCACAUCACAUUUUGGACUAUGAAUGCCUUCCGGCAAGUCAUUUUCACAGGGAUGCUCCAUGAACAAAGAUAAUUUAUAUACAUGGAAGAAUGGGACGGGAGGCUUGAAAAAAGAAUCGGUACACAUGACUGGACUGAGGGUAUACUGAGAGGAGGAAAAGACAUUUGGGUCGAUUAUUUUAAUAAGACCAUUUUAUACCUUUCAAACCCCUUCCCCUAGAGUCCACAAAGAUUAAUUAUUAAAAUAACUGUUGUUUA